UUUUUGGUGAAAAUCGUUAUUUAAGGAAAUACUUAAUAUUAUUCCAAUUACCUAAGUAUCAUGAGAGAGAUUGUUCAUAUACAAGCUGGUCAGUGCGGAAAUCAAAUUGGUGCUAAGUUCUGGGAGGUUAUAUCGGACGAGCAUGGCAUCGAUCCAACUGGCACAUACCACGGGGACUCCGACCUUCAGUUGGAGCGCAUAAACGUGUAUUACAACGAAGCAACUGGAGGCAAAUAUGUACCGCGUGCCAUUCUGGUGGAUCUUGAACCUGGAACCAUGGACUCUGUCCGUUCAGGGCCUUUCGGCCAGAUUUUCCGCCCGGACAACUUCGUCUUCGGCCAGUCAGGCGCUGGUAAUAACUGGGCGAAAGGACAUUACACUGAAGGGGCAGAACUUGUGGACUCUGUUCUCGAUGUUGUCAGGAAAGAAGCUGAAGGCUGCGAUUGUCUUCAAGGCUUCCAGUUGACACAUUCUCUCGGAGGCGGCACAGGAGCAGGCUUAGGGACGCUUCUUAUAUCAAAAAUCAGAGAAGAAUACCCUGAUAGGAUUAUGAAUACAUUCAGCGUCGUCCCAUCGCCCAAAGUGUCCGAUACAGUCGUCGAACCAUACAACGCUACACUCUCUGUUCAUCAGCUAGUGGAAAACACUGACGAAUCUUACUGCAUUGACAAUGAAGCUCUGUAUGAUAUUUGCUUCAGAACACUCAAACUGACCACCCCCACGUAUGGAGACCUGAACCAUCUUGUAUCUGCUACGAUGUCUGGCGUUACCACCUGUCUUAGAUUCCCCGGUCAGCUGAACGCUGAUUUGCGGAAGCUUGCUGUGAAUAUGGUUCCAUUCCCUCGUCUACACUUCUUCAUUCCUGGUUUUGCGCCGUUAACUUCUCGCGGCAGUCAGCAGUAUCGCGCUUUAACGGUUCCGGAAUUGACACAGCAGAUGUUUGAUGCCAAGAACAUGAUGGCAGCCUGUGAUCCUCGCCACGGUCGUUACUUGACAGUUGCCGCGGUAUUCCGAGGCCGUAUGUCAAUGAAGGAGGUAGACGAACAAAUGAUGAACAUACAGAAUAAGAAUUCGUCGUACUUCGUUGAAUGGAUACCUAAUAAUGUGAAGACUGCUGUCUGCGACAUCCCUCCGCGCGGUUUGAAGAUGUCUGCAACAUUCAUCGGUAAUUCCACUGCUAUUCAGGAGUUGUUCAAGCGGAUUUCUGAACAGUUUACGGCUAUGUUCAGACGUAAAGCGUUCUUGCACUGGUAUACCGGAGAAGGAAUGGAUGAGAUGGAAUUCACUGAAGCGGAGAGCAACAUGAACGACUUGGUGUCUGAAUACCAACAAUAUCAGGAAGCCACUGCCGAGGAAGAAGGUGAAUUUGACGAAGAAGAGGAAGGUGGUGACGAGGGAGACUAGACUGUUG